GUUCCCUCUGUCUGCAGCUACCCCCCUCAGCCCCUCUCCACUCUUCCUGCUCACCCGCACUGUUCGGUCUUUGCCACUGUGGUCUGCCGUCUCUGUUCUGCUUCUGCCUUGUUGCUGCAGAGCCGGAUUCCACACCUCUACAGCUGUCCCUACGGCUGCACUGCUGGUCAACACCACUGCAGCCACCUUCAUUUUCUACACCACACACAAAAAAUUAGUCAAAUUGAGUGAAGUGGACUGAAAAUGGAUGAGGCAGAGGCAAAUACAACAGUGCAAGCACUGCCUGAAAUGAUGUCAGCGAAUGUGGAAGCCUUGCUUGAGGCCGCGAGGUAUGAUGACAUGGAUGAUGUUGUGAUCUUAGCAUCUAAUGGUGUUCCUCUUAAUUCCAAGGAUGAACAGGGUAGAACAGCUCUUCAUAUGGCUGCUGCUAAUGGGCACAUUGAAAUUGUGGAGUACUUAAUUGGUCAAGGUGUGGAUCUUAAUGUUGCAAACGAGGAAAAGAAUACACCUCUUCACUGGGCUUGUCUCAACGGACAUGUUGAGGUUGUGAAAAAGUUAAUCAUGGCUGGAGCUAAUGUUGGUGUUUUGAACAGUCAUGAGAGGACUCCAAUGGAUGAAGCUGUUACUAGAGGCAAACUAGAAGUGAUGGAUGCAAUUAAUGAAGCAGUCGCACUAGUUGAACUUCGUUGCGCAAUGGUUUCUACACAAGAAUCUUCAAGUUAAUGUAAUGCAAAGCUUUUUGUAAUGGUUGCAGAUGUUUUCCUUUAGACUAGAAUGGAACAUAAUUUAGAGUGAAAUAUAUUCCAUCUUCAGAUAUAAUUAUAUAAUACUAUUUGUGUUCUCUAUUUCUAAAUUA